GCAGGCUGUAUGUACCGAGUAGUUCAGACGACGGGACCAGAUGGAAAAAACCUUCUGAAAUUACUUCCAAUUUCUAAAUCUUCUGGAAGCUUUGUGCCAAUAGUUCAGUCUUCAGCCAUGCCAAAUAACUCUAAAGCGAAUAUUUCUAGUCCAGUCCAUCUUACUUUUAAGACACAGCUUGCCAAUACUACUGCACCUUCAUCUGUUAACAUACCUGUUUUUCAGUCUCCUAAUCCUGGAAAGAUUAUUCUUACAAGGACAUUAGACAAACAGGAAAGUGUUAGUGCAGGUUCUGAAAAAGAAAGCUUAAUUCCAAAAUCAGCUGCUAACAUCCAGAGCAGUUGUGUUUCAGUUGAUAGACUGUCUUUGCAGAACAUUACUGUAACAAGUUCAUCUAACCAGAGUAACAGUGCAUACAUGGUGGUAAACACAAAAAGUCUUCCAGUUACUGUGAAGUCUCCAGUAUUGCCCUCUGGCCACCACCUCCAGAUACCAGCUGAUGCAGAAGUGAAAUCUGUCCCAGCUUCUUUUUUACCACCUGCAAUACAGCAAAAAAUACUUGCAGCUGCGGCAACAAAUGUGUCUGGAGGAGCUGACAGUACAAAAAUGCCAACUGUUAUUUACGUGUCACCAGUGAACACAGUGAAAACAGUACUUCCCAAGCGUUUGCAAACCAUUUGCCCAAAACCUGCCACAGAAGUUUCAAAAACAUUAAUAAUGACAGCUACACAAAAGGGAAAUAGUUGUUCUCCUGAGACAGUAACAUCUGAUGGUCAGCAGUGCCAGCAAACUCCAAUGAAAUGGAUUGUACAAGAAGGUCCACAGUCGUCAGCGCCUUGCCUUAUUCCUGUAAAGUCAUCAAAUAAUGUGGCUUCCAAGAUCUUGAAAACUUUGUCAGACAUGAAGAAUGUAGAAGUUAACUCUACAAAUAUUUUACCACUCAGUUCUAGUGGUCCCAGUGGAAGCCAAACAAAAAUCACACCUAUUAAAGAUAAUGCUCUGGUCAUGUACAAUGGGAGGGUCUAUUUGUUGACCAAAAGAGGCUCGGAUGUUUUAUCAGCCCAAGCUGACAAACAAACAUCUUCCUCUUCUGAUGCUUCACUUAAAAAGGAGACAUCCACGCUAAUUGAUUCUACUGCAGUCAAUAAAAUAACCAAUAAAGUAGUGAAUCUGGUAUUGUCAAAAAGCAAGGGAAUGGUGUUGUCUCAGAAAGAUCCGAAACCAUGUACAAACUCAAAAAAUUCUUCACCAACUGGCUUAAGAAAUGACUUAAAAUCUGCACCUGCAGCUCUGGUGACAUCAAGUGCUAAUCAGCAGAAUUCCACUGUAAACCAGAGAAAGAGUUUGCCCUUCACCGAGAACAUUUCAAGUGGAGUGACCCCUGUUACAGCGGUAGGGACGCAGGAAAAUGUAUGCCAAAAUGACAAAGAAAAGAUUCAUUCCCCCAAAGCAGCAAGUGCUGUUUUACCUCAGUCUAAGCAAGAGUGUGCUUUCAGUGAAGACUGGCAAAAGAUCCAGUCUGAAAAGAUGAAUUCACCGGGAAGGGUUAUUCAAAUCAAACAUGAAGAGAAGCCACAUUGGAAAAAAUACUUGGAAUUAAGGAAAAAAUUUGGUCUUUCCAAGGAGGAGAGAGUGUACCUUAAGAGAAUACCAUUAAGGACCUCCUAUGAGAAAACAGAAGAAAGGGUUUGUUCCAGUAACAACUUGAAAACGAAAAAUGAUUCUUGCAGCUCAUCAUCAUUAGAUGUGGAAAUAAAUCAACAUCAGGAAUGUGUUAAAGAGGAAAAGAUAAUUGUGGAUCUGGAAGAGGAUUUGACUAAGAAAAGAAAAAUAAAAUCCUCAUCAGUGUCAGACAGUGGAAAGAGAAGGAAAACUUCAGUCAAAUCAGCCACAAGUCCAAGUUCAGAAAAUACCAGCUCAAGUUCCAGUGUACUUGACAGAAGUGUUUCACCUCCACCAGUCUUACCGCAGCAAAGUAUUUCCACAGACUUUGUGAUACCAUCUCUAGGGAAGGACUCUGAGCAAGACCCAUACUCUCAAUAUGGUGACAUUACAGACUCAAAUACUCCAGUUAUAGUGUCUUGUGAAGGUGAUACUUCAGUUCUUGAAGGUUCUUUCAGAAAUGAUACUUUCCCUUCAGCUCCCCCAGACUUGGAUGAAACAAUACGGGAUGAAAAAAUAAAACGACUUAAACAGCUCUUAAGAGAACGAGAAGCAGCGCUUGAAGAGAUGCGUAGAAAAAUGCAGCAAAGCUGA